UAUGAGCCUAGGCUCCACGCGGUUCACGAGGGAUUGUUGACAGCCAUGGACAGGUCCGAGCUAGACGACUCGACUUAGACGUUUUGGAAAGCUUCGGGCGCUUGCAGGCUUCCGCGUCGCUUGUUAUCAUGCGCGGUCAGGGAGCUCCUCUCCGACCUGGCGCGACUCCGCGUGUCGCGGGCCUGCCUGCGCCGGGCCCCCGAGCCCCACAGCACACGACGGAAAGCUUUGCAGCCUACGGAGUCUCCACUGGGCAGCAUGGCGCGGCGCCAAUUACUGAGCGGGAAAUGGUGCAGCUGCAGAUAGAGCUCAGGAAGACACAAGAGGUGCUGAAUAGCCGCGAUGAGUUGAUUGACGGCUACAAGAAAAGCCUGGAGGAGCUGCGCGACCAGCUGGUGGCGCGAGAGAUGGCGCUGGCCAGCUGUGAGCAGCGGCUGCGUGCCACCGAGAGCGAGCGGCAGCUACUUAUAGUGCAGGUGGAACGGCUGGAGCUGGGCGCACGGCGCGCGGCGGAGAGCCACAGCUCCGCUUUGUCGGCGGAGAUGGAGCGCAGGGAUCAGGAGUUGGGCUCCAUCCGCAGCGACCGCGAUGAGCAGGUGGGCUCGCUGCGGCGGCGGCUGGGCGAGACGGCGGAGCAGCUGGACGGCGCGCGGGCCAACUUGCGUGAGCUGCUGGCGGAGCGCAGUCAGGUGCUGCAGCAGGCGGAGGCGGCGCAGCGGCAAGCGUCGGAGAAGGCGGCGGAGGCGGAGGCUGCGACGCGGUCACUGGCGGCGACGGAGCUCACCCUGGCAGACCUGCGCGAGGAGCGACAUCAGGCGCUGGCGCUGCGCGACGAGCGCAUUCGUGAGCUUAUCACCCAGGUCGCGGAGCUGGGCCGCGCUGGCGACUCGCGCAGCGCGGAGCACCAGGCCGCGCUGGGCACCUGGAUGAACGCCUACAACGCGCUAAGAGGCGCGGCCGACAAGCAGCGUGGGGAGCUGCUGGCGUUGCAGUCCUCUGAAAGGCGCACCAGCGACUCGCUUAAGGACACGGAGCGGCGGCUGCGUGACGCCCAAGAAGCGGUGGUGGCGGUGCGGCUUGAGCUGCAGCGGCAGACCGCACACGCCGCAGCUGCGGAGACGGAGGCCAAAUCGCUGCGGCGGGAGCUGCAGCGGGCGUGGGCGGGACACGGCACCAUGGCACCCGUGCCGGCGGCCACUCAACCUGCAUCGAUGCCACUGCAAGCCGCUACCUCGGCUAAUGCCGGCGUGCUCCAGACGCUGGGAGAAGGUGGUGGCGGUUCUGCGCAGCCGUGGGCGUAUGGCCCGGGCCCAAGCUACACCGCAAAUUCAGUCGAUGGUCAGUUGCCUCAGGACAGUCAGCACCCGCCGUUUGCACCCCAGCAGCCAGCAAGUUCAGGCGCUGGCUAUCAGCCGGGGCAGCCAGUUGUAGGUGUGGCUGUGACAGCAGGCCCCGGCAGCGGCGGGCUUGCGUGGCAACAGGCGGGCGCACAGCACGGCGGCCCUUAUGCGCCAGCAUAUGGCUACGCGGCUGCAGCGCCCUUGUACCCAGGGCCUCAUGUUAGCGGACUGAUGCCGCUCACGGCGGCCGCAGCGACUGGCGCCGCACCUUGGUCCAGCAGUAGCGGCGCUGUCGGUAAUGCCUGCUCGAUCAAUGGCCUCAGCAGCCUCAGCUGCCUUGCUGGUACGUGCCGUUGCUGUCCAUGCGGGGACAGCCUGCUUGACGGGCGUGGUCGCGGCACGAAAGCUGGAGGAGGCCUUCGGCAAGGCCGAGCAUGCAAGUCUGCGAGCGCCACGCCAGUCAAGGCGGGAGCUGGGGCUGCGGCGCAUGGGGCACGGGGAGCGCACAGGCGGCUCGGCCUCUAAGUGGCUGUGAAGGCGGCGGGGUUUGAGCUACGGCUCUGCUGUUACGCUACGGUAUUGGGUUGCGGCGGAUACAAGGGGUGUUUGCAGAAUGAAGGCAGGCUAGGCUGACAGGACCCGCGGAAACGCUGAAGCCAUUGCAAAAGCGGAAAGUGAGGGUCAGAGCGCUUCUGCUUAAUGUGUUUCGUACGUGGUUCAUAUAACAUGUCUGAAAGGCAUCAGGCUCAGAGGACGCGGACCCGGUGGAUGUGCAGGGCUGACGCUUGGCAGGGGCGUAGCGAGUGACACGGCCCGAGGUUUCAGGGCCCACGUGGCCCACCGCGCAUACCAAAUGGCUUUUGGGACUGUAACAAAUUUGUGGU